AUGUGCGUCCACCUCGAGCACCCUCAGCCCGCCCCGAAACCCGACUCGGCAGCGCCAUCAGCAUCCACCACCGCCGCCGCCGCCGCCGCCGCUCCCCGCUCGUCGCGCGUGCUCGCCUUUACCGGCGCCGCGCACUUGCGCCACCGCCUCGUCCUGUCGCUCCUCUCGCGCCGCCCCGUGCGCAUCGACCGCAUCCGCGCCGACGACGACGAGCCCGGCCUGCGCCCGCACGAGGUGUCGUUCCUGCGCCUCGUCGAGAAGCUCACGCAGGGCUCGCGCCUCGAGAUCUCGUACUCGGGCACGGCGCUCUUGUUCCACCCGGGCACGAUCCAGGGCGGCCAGGUGACGCACCAGUGCCCGAACGACCGCGGCGUCGGGUGGUUCCUCGAGCCGCUGCUCGCUAUUGCGCCGUUCGGCAAGAAGGACCUCGCGUUGACGCUCCGGGGCGUCACGACCGAUGGGAGGGAUGCGAGUGUCGACACGAUCCGCACGAGCGGGCUCCCGCACCUCGCCAUGUUCCUCGACACGGACGGUCUCGAGUUGCGCAUCACCAAGCGCGGGCACCCGCCUCUCGGCGGCGGCGAGAUCACGUUCACCUGCCCGUCGGUGAGGGCCAUCAAGAGCGGGUUCGACUUCACCCAGGUCGGCCGGAUAGCCAAGAUCCGCGGCAUCGCCCACUCGGUCCGCGUCUCGCCUCAGCUCGCCAACCGCCUCGUCGCCGCCGCACGAUCCGUCCUCAACCGAUACAUCCCCGACAUCUACAUCUACACCGACGUGUACCGCGGCGAGGACAGUGGAAAGUCGCCGGGCUACGCCAUCACGCUCCUCGCCUCGUCGACCUCGCAUGUCCUCCACUCGGCCGAGGCCACCUCGUGCCCUCCACCUCCCUCCUCCUCCACCAGCAGCGGCACCGCCGAGCCCGCACACCCGCCCGUCCCCGAAGACCUCGGCAUCGCCGCCGCGCGGCUCCUCCUCGACGAGGUACGCCGCGGCGGGUGCGUCGACCGCGGCUGGGAGUGGCUCGUCACGACCAUGCUCGUCCUCGGCGGCGAGGACGUCGGGCGCGUUGUCGUUGCUGGGCCGUUCGAGGCGUUCUUGAUCGAGCACCUGCGCGACCUCAAGGCUUUCUUCGGCACGACCUUCAAGAUCAAGGACGCGGUGCGCACGGCGGCGGCGGCGGGCGGUGCGACCGAGGGCGCGGACGAGGACGAGGACGCCGAGAUGGCGAGCGUGGCCAAGGCGCCGCCGCCAGAGGAGUACGUCCUGAGCUGCGUCGGGACUGGGUUCGUCAACACGGCCAAGCGGGCCGGCUGA